UAUUCAGUUUGAAGUUGAAAUUCCUUGAAGAUGAACAAGCUCAUUGUAAUUUUCGCUUUCCUUUUCGUGGGUGUCGCCCUCGGCCAGUUGCCAUCUUUCCAAAAUGGCGAACCGGAACCUCUCUAUGAGAGGCCAAUUGGAGAGAGACCUGAGGGAGUCUACUUCGAUGACGAUGACUUCAAUCCAGAAUUCCAAGGCCGUGUUGUUGGUGGAACUUCUGCCACUUCUGCUGCUCAGUUCCCUUACAUGGCCAGUUUGAGGACAGCUGCUAAUGCUCAUUUCUGCGGAGCCACUAUCAUUGCUGCCCGAACUGUCCUGUCUGCUGCUCACUGCACUGUUGGUCGUUCAACUGGCGGCACUCGCGUGAUCGUUGGAACCCACCUUCGUCUCUCCGGUGGAUGGUCCCACGCUGUCAACAGGAUCGUGAACCAUCCCAAUUACAAUGCCAACACCAUUGCUUUUGAUGUGUCCAUUGUUCAGACAAGUGCCGCCUUCCAAGGCAGCAACACCGUUCAGUCCAUUGCUAUGGGAUCUGCUCAUGUUGGUGGUGGAGUUACCGCCAUUGUGUCCGGAUGGGGACAGACUUCUCACCCUGGCAGUCUUCCCAAUGCACUCCAGUGGGCUGCCCUCACUACUCUCACAAACGCCGAUUGCCGCAGUCGCCACACCGCAAACAACGCUCAAUUUGUGUUUGACCACAAGAUGUGCACCUUUACUCGCAGCGGACAGGGCAUCUGCAUGGGAGACUCUGGUGGACCACUUGUUGUUGGAAGCAGUGUCGUUGGUAUCCCAUCCUGGGUCAUUGCUUGCGCUCGUGGCUUCCCCGAUGUCUACGAUCGUGUCUCCAGCCACAGAAACUGGGUCAUCUCCGUUAUGUAAAGGACAUUGUUCGUCUCCGGCCCGAAGAAAUUCUUGUUACCCAACUCAUAACAAUUGUUACCAAUAAAAUGCAUUUUUAAAAAGCA